UUGGUGGAAACCGGUGCAGAUGUGGCUAGUGUCAAUGCUCUGGAACGAGUGGACAACUCGUGUCUGGUUAGUGCAAACCAACUUGGACAACUGAAGGUUUGGGAUUUACGUUGUGGAUUACAAAAACCACAACAGCGAUUGCUUCGUAAGUUUCCAGAAGUGCACCUACGUUGUCGGACCGGUCGAUGGGAUCUCUUUGCCGUAACCGAAACCUGGUUGACGACUGACAUUUUGGACUCCGAGCUGCGAUUACCGGGCAUGGAGUUAUUACGGCGUGAUCGUCCAACGCGAGGUGGGGUCGUGUUGCUCUACUAUCAUAACAGAUUGCAAUUCGAACAAAUUGAGUGCCCGUUCGCUGCUUCAGAUGCGUUAUGGUGUAAAGUGAAGCUAACACAACAUGAAAUCGGCCUGAUCCGUGUAGUUUAUCGCCCUCCUUCGUCAGCAGAUUCAUCAAAUGAGACUUUGUUGCAAACAAUGUCUUACUUCCUGUCAUUGAAUUUCACCCACGUUCUUGUUAUGGAUGACUUCAACUGUCCAAAGCUGAGCAACGUGACUACAUUGUGUACGCCAUUUGAACGACAGUUGAAGCAGUUCAUCCAGUCACACCCGUUGUACAAUCAUGUGAAGGAACCUACCAGCGCUUUACAUGCUGCGGUGGGUAGUGAGGUCCAUGUGUAUGAUAUUCCGGUGACUAUCCGUAGACCGAUUGCAGACUUACGCGGCCUACGUCUCAGUUGA